AUGAAUGGGUUCGCCAAUGAGCUCAAUUCGUUGUCAGAUGACGAGAACGAGGCUAAGGAGAUUCUUGAAGUUGAUAUACGUACUGAAAUAAUUCAUGUAAGAUUUCCAUCCCUUUCGCUACAUAUUAGCAUCGCUGAUCUGUUAUGCUUAGCCGAAGGUGAACUACUCAAUGGUACUAUUAUUGAUUUCUACUUAAAUCAUAUCAGAUGCCAUUUGAUACAAGAUUCAAACUUGCGAAUGCACAUAUUUCCAUCGUUGUUCUGGGGCAAUUUGAAGUCGUGGUUCAGGAGCUUAAACCUUGACGGGGCUGAAGGGUUUACAAUGACCGGAAUUGGUAGCACUGAUGAAGUCUCGAAUCCAAGUCGAAUUCAAUAUUGGCUUGAAGAUGAAGAUAUAUUUGAUGCAGAUUUUCUGGUGAUCCCUGUUAACGAAUACAAUCAUUGGUCUUUAACAAUAAUCUCUCUGUCAUGUUUAACAAUGCAGUUAUCCAUUUCCGAACCUCUUAUAAUAAUUUUUGAUUCACAGCAAUCCGUUGAACUGCCCUAUACAGAAGAUAUUGUAAAUAUUCUCAAAACUUUCCUUUUGCGAGCUUCCGAAUUGAGUGCACGGAAGGAAAAUCUGCUGACAAAGCAAAUCAAAACGGUGAUACCGAAGAAUUUACCCCAGCAAGAAAAUGAUGUCGACUGCGGUUUGUACAUACUGGAAUAUGCACAGCGUUUCCUCCUCCAACCUCCCAUCAAAGACCUCACAUUAUAUGGUGAUUUUGAUUUCACAUCACACUAUCCGGAUUUCACCAUAAUCUCAAAACGCCGAAGUAUCCGCAAUGCUUUAUCAACACUCUGUGCCGACAGCAGCAGAUGGUCACAGUUCUUCGAUGUUGAGCAAUGUGACACAGUUUUGGACUGGAAGUAAUAAUUUCAAAACGGGUGGUAUUUAUUCACUACAUUUCUAGCGGACUUUAUGUCUUUUAAUUCGUUCAUAUUUUAUUUCACCGGUGAAGGACUUUUUUAUGCUUAGAUUGUGAGUUACAAACGUGAGCUAGAUUGUCGUCGGGUAUAGUUUACUGCGUUCAUUCGACUUCUCUUUUGUCCUUGUUUUUAUUUUUGUUUUUUCUGAUUUCACGAGAAAUCCCGCUAUCAUUAUCCUAGUUUCUCGGCUUAUUUAGGUGAAGUUGAAUAUAUAGUGUAAAGAUGUAAAUGUAAUCUUGGAGAUAAGCGAGACAGAUUGGAGAUCACAGGUUUAUUAUUUGUGUGAUUAUGUACUUACUACCAAAACGGUUAUUUAUCGGUACACUGUAAAUAGGUAACUUUUUUUUCAUUAUUUUUCA